AUGGUAACAAAGGUAACAUUUGUUAAUAAAUCCCAUUUCAGAAUUCAACUCCAGAAUUUUCAGCAUAUCCUGGCCUUCGAAUUUGCCAUCAAGGAAAUCAAUGAAAAUCUCUACAUCUUACCUAAUAUCACAUUGGGCAUACAUGACUAUAAUAGCUAUUUUUUGGCAAGGUGGAUCUAUCUGGCUUCUAUGGAACUUCUCUCUUCAAAGGGAAAUUUUAUCCCAAACUACAAGUGUGAUCUCAAGGACAACGUGUUAGCUGUUCUUGCUGGACCUAAUGCUUUCAUUUGUCGGUCCAUGUCAAAUAUUCUGAGUAUAUACAAGAUUCCACAGCUCACGUAUGGCUCUACUCCGGCAAUAGAUGUCAGCACACAGGCUGUUUUCUUGCAUCAGACAUUUCCAAAUGAAGAUCUUCAAAUUAAGGGGAUGAUCCAACUGUUGCUCUAUUUCCAGUGGAUAUGGAUUGGGCUGAUUGUCCAAAGUACCAAUAAACGAGACGGGUUUCUACAGAAUAGGAUUGCUCUAUUUUCUCAGGAAGGUAUAUGCUUUGACUUUGUAGAAGAGUUACCAAAAGGAGCCGUUUCCAAUGAAUUUGUAGGUACACUUACACACUAUAUAAAGAUUUACAAUGUUAUCAUGAGGAGCAGGGCCAACGUUGUCAUCAUCUAUUGUGAAAACCAGGAAACAACAGUAUUGAGAAUGUUGCCCUACAUUUCAGAAUUUGAAUACAAUGUAGUGAAGAGAAAAGACAAAAUUUGGAUAAUGCCAGCCCAGAUGGAGUUCUCAUCUGCUCCUUUUCAAAGAUAUCAGAGUAUGGAGUUCAUCCAUGGUUCUCUGUCUUUUCAAGUUUCCUCAAAGGAUCUCUUAGAAUUCAAGAGAUUUCUUCAGAUGAGAAAAGUCACUCUUGCCGAGGAAGACAGUUGGAUCAGGAUAUUUUGGGAAAGUGCAUUUCAAUGUUCUUUCUCCAAUGCCAUGUUAGAGGAGGAUGCUGUGAACGAAUGCACAGGUGAGGAGCAGCUGGAGACCCUUCCUCAAUCCGUAUUUGACACCAGGAUGACUGGACAGAGUUACAGUGUCUACAAUGCUGUCCAUGCUGUGGCACAUGCUUUGCAAACCUUGCUUUCAUCCCAGCACAAAUGGAUGUCAACUAGAAAAAGUUCCAAAGUGAGAAUUUUGAAUAAGAAUGUGUGGCAGGUGCAACCCGUUUCUGCAUGCAAUGAUCAUUGUGUUUCAGGUUACAGUAAGGUGAAAAUAGAAGGGAAGCCAUUUUGUUGCUAUGAUUGCCUCCGGUGUCCAGAAGGGAAGAUCUCAAAUAAGGCAGAUGCAGAUGACUGUUUCUGGUGUUCAGUGGAUCAAUACCCAAAUAAAGCUCAAAAUACUUGUAUUCCAAAACAAAUCAUAUUUUUGUCAUAUGAAGAAUACUUGGGAAUCGCCUUGACCAGUAUCGCUUUCUUCUUUUCUUUCUUCUCAGCCAUGGUACUGGGGAUCUUCAUUAAAGAGCGGGACACUCCCAUUGUCAAAGCCAACAACAGGAACCUCACCUACAUUCUUCUCAUUGCUCUCCUGCUCUCAUUCCUUUGCAGUUUGCUCUUCAUUGGGCAACCAGAUCAGGUGAAAUGUCUCUUGCAGCAAACUGUUUUUGGCAUCAUCUUCUCUGUAGCCAUUUCUUGUAUAUUGGGGAAAACAACCAUUGUUGUUCUUGCUUUCAUGGCCACCAAGCCAGGCUCCAAAAUGAGGAAAUGGGUGGGAAAAAGGCUGGCUUACACUAUUGUCUUGUCUUGCUCCCUGGUACAAGUCACCAUUUGCAGUGUGUGGCUGGCAAUUUCUCCUCCAUUCCCAGAUUCAGACACAUAUUCUGUAUCUGAAGAAAUUGUUCUUGAAUGUAAUGAAGGUUCAUCCAUAAUGUUUUAUACUGUCCUUGGUUUUAUGGGUUUCUUGACUCUUAUCAGUUUUACAGUGGCUUUCUUGGCUAGGAAGCUGCCUGAUAGUUUCAAUGAAGCCAAAUUUAUCACUUUUAGCAUGUUGGUGUUUUGCAGUGUCUGGAUAUCAUUUGUACCCACCUAUUUGAGUACCAAGGGGAAAUAUAUGGUGGCUGUGGAGAUCUUCUCCAUUUUGGCUUCUGCAGCUGGAUUACUGGUUUGCAUUUUUGCCCCUAAAUGCUACAUUAUUGUUCUGAGGCCUGAUUUGAACAGAAAGGAGCAGCUGAUAAAGAAGUAAAACUGACUCUUUUAGUCCACUGCACUAUAAUGUCUCCACAUUAUGACAGAAACUUAAUAUGUCUCAUUAAGAGUCACUCAUUAAUAACUCACAUAGAUCAUAGAAAAACCUUUGGUAAAAGGUAAACAUCUAAAAGAGACUGGAAUGGAAUGAGAAGAGGUUACAUAUUUGAAAAUGUUUAUUAGUAGUAUAUGUUGGCCAAUCUGUACUGAAUUAAUAAAAACCCUUUCCAACUCUA